GAAAUUAAUUUAAUUUGUUAAGCAUAAGUCGAAAUAUCCUACCACAAUGCCGCCUAAGUUCGAUCCUAACGAAGUUAAAAUCGUUUAUUUGAGAUGUGUGGGAGGAGAAGUCGGUGCCACUUCAUCUUUGGCUCCCAAGAUCGGUCCCCUGGGUCUCUCCCCUAAAAAGGUGGGAGAUGACAUCGCCAAAGCGACCGGAGACUGGAAGGGCCUGAAAAUAACAGUCAAGCUGAUUGUACAAAACAGACAAGCCCAGAUUUCUGUUGUCCCUUCUGCUGCUGCCCUCAUAAUCAGAGCCCUAAAGGAGCCUCCUCGUGACCGCAAGAAACAAAAGAAUGUUAAACACAAUGGCAACAUAACCCUCGAAGAUGUGAUCGGCAUUGCCAAGGUCAUGAGGCCACGCUCGAUGGCGCGAGAACUGUCUGGGUCAGUGAAGGAAAUCCUUGGCACUGCACAGUCAGUCGGCUGCACAGUUGAGGGCAGGCCCCCACAUGACCUAAUUGUGGACAUCAACAAUGGUGCACUCACUAUUGACGAAUAAACUAUGAGAACUUCGUAA